AUGUUAAAGGAACGCUUUGGGAAGCCUGAACGCAUCAUCUUUGCACACAUUCAAGCCCUGUUGAACAUUGACAUGCCUGUUAAGUCGUCGGGGUCUAAGUACAUUUCGCUGUGGAAGAUGCAGGACCAGCUUAACUCUCACGUACGCAGUUUGGAAGCUUUGGGAGUUAAGGGAGACCAGUAUGGCGUUGUUUUGACUCCUGUUAUACUGUCCCGUCUUCCUCAAGAGAUUCGUAUGGAGUGGUCCAGAGAUGGUUCAGGACAUGGUGAUCUUGAUUGGUUAAUGACUUGUCUCCAAAGUGAAAUAAAACGGAGAGAGAGGUCAGACUUGUACAGGGAAGGUUGCCGCAGUGAGGAAACACGCAGUGGCCCUAUUGCAUCUGAAAGGAGGAAAGUAAUCUCUGCCCUUGUUGCAUUCUCAGCAUCAGGUAUGAACCGAUGUACGUUUUGUGGUAAGCCUCAUCCAAGUGAGAAGUGCUUAAAUGUAUGUAAACUUACUCGUGCUGAACAAGAAGAAAAGGUGCGCUCUUUGGAAUUGUGCUUUAGGGGACACAUCUCCAAGGGGUGUAAACAUAUGUGUAGUAAGUGUAGAGGCAAUCAUAACGCACUCUUUUGUCUUAAAGAUCAGCCGAAAGUGACUAGCACUGGUGUCACUUCUAGAAAUGAUUCAGUUAAGCCAGCUGGGGAAGGUGCAACGGUGAGUUCUGAGAGCAGUAUAACUCCUUCAGUAAACCAUGUUGGAAUUGCACUAUGCAAUACACAGAAAGGCCACGAACCCUUGAACUCCAUGUGCUGUGUUCUGCAGACAGCCAAGGUGAAAGUUGGUACUGGUAAAGGUAAUAGUGUUCAGGUGACAGUACUUUUUGACACAGGCUCUGACAGGUCCUAUGUAUCAAGCUCCUUGGUUAAAAGGAUUAAGCCUACAUGGUUGAAAUCUGAACCCAUUUGUUACUCUGCCUUUGGUAAUAAUUCCUCUCUUAGCUAUAUGAGUGACUUGUAUGAUUUGAGAUCAGAAGAUUGUAAGGGAAUUGCUCAUUCUUUAGUGGCUGUGGAAAUUAAUAUCAUAUGUGUUCCUUUAAUACGUCCCAGGGUACCCAAAGACAAACUCAAGGGAUACGAAUCAUUACCUUUAGUUGAUGAUUACUUACACGACCAGCACAUUAAUGUAGAUAUUUUGGUGGGGGUUGACUCAUACUGGAAAUUCAUACUUCCUAAUCAAGUUCGUUUACAUGAAGGCCCAAGAAUCCGUUUUUGGGUGGGUUUUGUCAGGUUCUUGGACUUCCAGUAG